CAGUACUCUGAAAUUCUGCUCCUACAACUAAUUACUGUUUUUUGAUGGACACUUUUCAUACAUAGAGAUUUUGCUCCUAUAUAUAGUCUCCAUGACCUUGAUGCUGGCAAAAUUGUCCCAAUGGACAGAUGCCAUAAGAACCAAAAACUGAACUGAACUAACUGUACACUUUUGCAAAAUUUAAUAUUAAUAGUAAAAGGCAUCUGCUUCUUUUCUCUUACCGAUAUUUAUGCAACGAAAGUACAAAUUUUACCAAUAGUAUCACCAUCCGAUCAUCCAUCUAAGAAAUACCUUUAAUUAUAAUUUUGUUCAGUGCAAUUACUUAUUCUGUGUCAGUACUGUCAGUGCGUUAGCAUCUUCCUUCCUCAAUAAUCUGCAUAAUUUAGCACAAAUGAGUGAUACUCCUGAGACACCUCGACGGACCGUGAGACGAAGGAAUAAACCCCAAAAAUAUGGGGAUUUUUUGGAAUUAUCUCCUGUGAAACGCCAAGUACAAGAAGACACUCAUUCGGAAGAUGACAACGAUUUUGAUGAUGUGCCCUCGCAAAAACCUACAGCUUUAUUCAGCAAUGAUGAUGUGGAAGGGCAAGAUAUGUUCAAGUUUAAGUCACGGCGCACCAAACACCACUUACAGAAUAAAGUUAGAGAUCUCCAGAACAAUUCUUCAAGAUUAGAGUCUCCUUUGAAGACUCCUCGGAAAAAUAUGCACUUGGACUCUGUUAAGAAAGUUGCUGAGGCAACACCUAAAGUUGUUAAGGAUAUUAUAAAGAAGAGGAUUGUGAAAGAAGUAGACAGUGGAAGUGAUGAAGAUGAUUUCUCAGGCAGCAGUAGUGAUUUUGUACCUGAUGAGAGUGAGAAUGAGGCUUCAUCCGCUUCAUCAUCAAGUGCUUCUGAAGAAGAAGAGGAAAACGAUGCCCCGGUGGAAACUAAGCCUGCAAGCAAAGUUCAGGGAAGGGGCAGGGGUAAGGCGCGGCCUAAAGAUUCAGAGUACAUUGUCACUCCAGACAAUUACUUUAUGAUGAAUUCAAGUAAAAAGAUAGCAACAUCAGACCACACACUGGCAAGAUUAAAGAAUUUAAAUCUAGACGAUAACAUGGAAAAAGACAAUGACUACAUUCCUGAAGAACACAAAUUCAAAAUAAAAGAACUCAAUCAGUCAUACGAACAACUCUUUGAUAAAUGGAUGUACAUUUUAAGUGAAGACUUCAACAUAGUUCUUUAUGGGAUUGGGUCAAAAAGAUCAGUACUCCACCAGUUUCAAAAAGAAAAACUGUUGGACUAUCCAUGUAUAGUUGUUAACGGUUUCUUCCCAAGUCUUACGAUUAAAAGUAUUUUAGAAACAAUUGUAAUGGACCUUCUAAAAUGUAGCCAUGUUCCAUCAAACUUGGGGGAUGUAGUCAAAUUGAUUGAAACACGGUUAUCGGAUGAGGAUAUGGAGUUGUUUCUUAUAAUACAUAACAUAGACGGGACAAUGCUGCGGAACGCUAAAGCGCAAACUACACUAUCCAGCUUGUGUCAGAUUAAAAAUGUUCACACAAUAGCAACUAUUGAUCAUAUCAAUGCGCCAUUAUUAUGGGACCACAACAAGCUAAGCAAGUUCCGUUUCACCUGGUGGGACGUGACCACCUUCCUCCCGUACUCCGAAGAGACCUCCUACGAGAACUCGCUGAUGACGCACCGCAGCGGCGCGCUGCAGCUCUCCUCGCUCAAGAGCGUGCACCAGUCACUCACCACCAAUGCCAAGGGCAUCUUCAACAUCAUCAUACAGUAUCAGCUGGAUAACCAUAAGCAGCCGCAUUAUCAAGGUAAAUACAUUAAAUAUACAUGUUCUUCUGACUCCUUGCUCAAGAGCGUGCACCAGUCACUCACCACCAAUGCCAAGGGCAUCUUCAACAUCAUCAUACAGUAUCAGCUGGAUAACCAUAAGCAGCCGCAUUAUCAAGGUAAAUACAUUAAAUAUACAUGUUCUUCUGACUCCUUGCUCAAGAGCGUGCACCAGUCACUCACCACCAAUGCCAAGGGCAUCUUCAACAUCAUCAUACAGUAUCAGCUGGAUAACCAUAAGCAGCCGCAUUAUCAAGGUAAAUACAUUAAAUAUACAUGUUCUUCUGACUCCUUGCUCAAGAGCGUGCACCAGUCACUCACCACCAAUGCCAAGGGCAUCUUCAACAUCAUCAUACAGUAUCAGCUGGAUAACCAUAAGCAGCCGCAUUAUCAAGGUUUGCCUUUCAAGGAGCUGUAUUCAAAAUCGCGCGAACAGUUCUUGGUGAGCUCGGACAUAGCCCUCCGUGCACAGCUGACGGAGUUCCUGGACCACAAACUUGUAAAGAUGAAACGCACGUACGACGGCAGCGAGAACUUGCUCAUACCUAUCGAUAACUCCUUGCUUCAGCAGUUUUUGGAGCAGAAUAGCUGACGAGGGACUUUUUGUAUGCACCUUUUGAAAAACAUGCCUUUGUUUUUAGGGUUCCGUACCCAAAGGGUAAAAACCCUAUUACUAAGACUCCACUGUCCGUCUGUCUGAUAGCUAAACAGUUGAAAUUGUCACAGAUGAAGUAUUUCUCUUGCCGCUAUAACAACAAAUACUAAAAACAUAAUAAAAUAAAAUUUAGGUGGGGCUCCCAUACAACGUGAUUUUUUUGCCGUUUUUGCGUAAUGGUACGGAACCCUUCGUGCGCGAGUCCGACUAGCACUUGGCCGGUUUUUUAUGUAUUUAUUAAAUUAUUUUUAAAUA